UUCAUUAUUACAUGUUCAUCCAUGUAUAUAUAUGUAUUAAUAUAUAUUGUGUGUUAUAUUUAAUUAGUAUCAAUUCCUUAAUAAGUUUUUCGAUUCCUUUAUGCGAAAUGGUUUGCGCGCUUGGAAUUGAAGGCAGUGCUAACAAGAUCGGUGUUGGUAUUAUUAAAGAUGGUCAAGUAUUGGCCAACGUUAGGAAAACUUACAUUACACCACCCGGUGAAGGAUUUCUACCUAAAGAAACCGCGAAACAUCAUAGAGAACAAAUUUUAAAUUUAAUAAAGUCUGCUUUGAAAGAAGCAAACCUAAAUAACAGUGAUUUAGAUGUAAUCUGUUACACCAAAGGACCAGGCAUGGCUCCACCUUUACUAGUGGGUGCUAUAGUAGCUCGUACGCUAUCACUAUUAUGGUCGAAGCCGCUGAUAGGCGUCAAUCAUUGUAUCGGUCAUAUAGAAAUGGGUCGCCUUAUCACGGGAGCUCACAAUCCUAUAGUAUUAUAUGUUAGCGGUGGAAAUACGCAGGUAAUAGCUUACUCAAAUAAACGCUAUCGUAUUUUUGGCGAAACAAUAGAUAUAGCGGUGGGUAAUUGUUUGGAUCGUUUUGCUAGAAUCAUUAAACUUUCAAAUGAUCCCAGCCCCGGUUACAAUAUAGAGCAACUAGCCAAAAAAGGCAAGCAAUUUAUAAAAUUGCCUUACGUAGUAAAAGGUAUGGACGUAAGUUUUUCUGGUAUUUUGUCACAUAUUGAAGAAAUAGCUGAUCCUUCAAAGAAACGUAGUAAACGCAAAAAGCCAGAUGAACCAGAAGCUCCAGAAUACACUAAAGCUGAUAUGUGUUACUCCCUGCAAGAAACUAUCUUCGCUAUGUUAGUAGAAAUUACCGAACGAGCAAUGGCUCAUUGUGAUUCUAAUGAGGUAUUGAUAGUUGGCGGUGUAGGAUGCAAUGAACGUUUACAGGAAAUGAUGGCUAUUAUGUGCGAAGAGAGAAAUGGCAAAUUAUUUGCUAUUGAUGAACGAUAUUGUAUCGAUAAUGGUCUAAUGAUAGCACAUGCCGGAGCUGAAAUGUUUAGAUCGGGUGCACAUAUGAAGUUUUCAGAUUCAUUUGUUACUCAAAGAUAUCGUACUGACGAAGUAUUGGUUACAUGGCGAUCUGAUUGAUAAUGAAAUAAAAUUAACUGAAUUAAAUCAUAUAAAAAAUU